GGCUAUGGAUAUUAAUAACGUCCAAUCACUCCAUGAGAUUGUUGAAGACGUUCUCAGGGAUGCUAUAAUUAAUCAUGAGCAGUGGAAUUUUGAACAAUUUAUAGAGACUGACGCUUGGAAACCCGAUAAAGAUAACAAAGCUGUUCAGCGUUUUAUAGGACGAAUGAAAGGAAAAUAUGAUAUUAAGAUUCCAGUACCAGGUGGGCGCUUUAGUUACGUAGUAACUCAUCCAGAUAUGACUUUUGAUUUACAUGGUAGAAAGUUAGAACCAACUAAAGGCGAGAAAAUGGAAUUUGUGGACGUAGCUAAGGAAUUGGGUAAGGAGUUAGAUUUAUAUCAUUAUUAUGAAAAAACUAUCAUUGGUCUCUGUGCCCGAUUUAUCAUGUAUGAUAAAAGACAUGAGCCGACCCCCUCGGAUAAAAUAAUGCAAAUUAAGAAUCCGGAUGAGAAAUAUAAGCAAAUAGACGACCAUGCUCAAAAGAAAGCCAAGUCAUGGCUUGAGGGGUUUGUGAAAGAGAAUAUCGUAGUGAAUGGCAUUACUUCUGAGAUGAUGAAAUCUCGUGGAGUUAUUUAUAAAAGAGCCUAUAGGGAAGCAGUUAAGAAGGCACAAGAAAUAUUAUAUCAAAAGAUAGGUAGCUCAUACGAAAUAUUUCAUGGUGAAUGGCUUAGCUACGAGAUUUUCAUGGCAA